UGACUAUACAAACGUCAAUUCCAAAAUUUUGUUUGUAUUUUAAUAUUUUUUAAAUGAAUGUAGGUAAUUUAUACGUCGUUUUAUAUUUUAAAUAAAUUUUAGUGAAAAUGGCAGCCGUUAAAAUUGUGGAAUUGGAUGAUACGAAUACUUGUAAAAUUUGCGAUAACGCGCUUGCUAGGUACUCCUGUCCCAAAUGCAAUAUAAUAUAUUGUUCAUUAAGUUGCUAUCAAUCGAAUUCGCACUUGGAAUGCAGCGAAACGUUUUACAAAGACAACAUUUUAGAAGAAUUAAACAGCGACAAAGAUAACGUCGAAUCCAAAACGAAGAUGAUGGAAAUUUUAAAAAGAGCCCAUGAAGAUAAUCAGAUAGUUUUUAGCGACAAUGAUGACACGUUCGGUGAAUGUUCAGGCUUUAACAUCAAUGAUUUUUUAGAUUUAGAUUCUGCUGACGAAAAUGAACUUGAUUCCGACGAUGAAGAAGAUAUAUUGGAUAUUGGUGAUAGAUUAGCUGGUAUUGAUUUGGACGAUGCCGAGCAAGUAUGGGGUAAACUGACUGAGGAUGAAAAACAAGAAUUUGUUGCUUUUUUAAAAUCAGAAGAUAUAACCAAUUUAAUACCUUCCUGGAAACCGUGGUGGUUGUACUAUAAUAAGAAAGUAGAAGAACUGGACACUACUGAAGAGUAUAAGAAAAGUUGUCCAGAAAUUUGUGACAUCAAAGAUUUUUCUGAAUUGACGUCCAAGAUUCCAGACGAUUCCGUCAAAUACAAUCUAAUAAACAUACUGGCCGCGUACGCGUUCACAACCAGAUAUUUCAAUGGGGAACAUUUCGAUUUUGCGCAAGAAGCCGUUAGUUGUAUGGCGACCAUAUCGCUGGCUCUAAAAGUGGGACAAACUUUUACGGAUUUCGAAUCGGCUGUGAUAUCUGUGGAACAGGAAUGCGUACACAGUGAUUGGAUCAUUAGCGAUACUGAAAAUACCCAAACGAUGAGAGAGGACCUUGAAAAAAUCCUUAAAGGACCAAAUAAAGCGGAAAAUAAGUUUUAUAUAUUGUGCGCCCUAUCUGACGUUCAUAAUUUGUUGAAGGCGUCUCUUAAACCCGCGAAAAAUGGUGAAUCGUCAGGCGGAUUUUCCAAACAAUUUCCCAACGAACAUUUUCCGUCUGUCAAAUUGGAAGAAACGCCGCGAAUUAAAAAUCACUUAAAGAAAGUCGAUUAUUUCCUAUCUUACGCUAAAGAUCAUUUCCAGUCGUAGAAAAAAGUCGUUAUGUAAGCCUUAUGGAAUAUUUGCACUUUAUUUUUAUGUUUGUAUAUUUGAUUUUGUCUAACUUAAGAUUUGAAAUGUAAUUUCUCAAUAUAGAACGUAUUUUUUAUUCUUAAAUUGAAAUUAUUUAAUAUUAACC